AUGGCAAUCAAAUCUCUCCUCUUUGGCGGUCUGAUGACCAUCGCCGUCAUGUGCGCCAGUGCCGACGCAACUCCAAACGGAAACGCCAGAACAACAAUGGCAACGCUUGUCACCAAAGCGACACCAUCACCAACACCAACAGAAACAACACUAGCAGGGCUCUCCCUCGUGGCGUCAGCCGCGGGCUGCGAAGGAGGCUGUAAGAACGCCAAGGACGAGGCCCCCUCCUCCAACCAGCCAGAACGCACAUGCGUGCGCGAGGCGCUCGUCGCGCUGGCCAACUGGCGGCUGCACUGCGACCGGGCGUUCCCUCCGCUCGAGUGCUGGACGCGGGCGCCCAACGUGGAGCGCUGCUGCGGGAAAUGGGUCGACGACGACGACGCACACUACAAAGACUACCCGCCCGUGCGGGUCAGCCGCGAGUACCAACUGGGCGAGACGUCGUGGGAGUGGCGGUGGGACGCCAAGGUGGACGAGAAAAGGCACCGUCGCGAGGUCGUCCUGCAGACGCCCGAAGAGUUCAACGCCCGCAAGACCGUGUGCCGCCGCUGGCGCGCAGAGAACGACGUCGUCUUCGACGCCUACAUGCGCCGUCUGAACGAGUACGGUAUCUCCGACGCCGACAACACCGGCAUGGUCAUCGACAGCAAAACGCCCAGGUAUAACCCCGAAGGAGGCGGUUAUGGCGAGGACGGCAAGAACAAGUACCCGGAAUUGGAUCCUCUGUUGGGAUGGUAG